AAUCAUGGACCUCAAUGAGGCAUAAACCUCCCCUUUCAGCCUUCAUUUGUACUGCGGGUUCCCAUUAUCAUUUAAAUUUCUCCUUAACUUUGACUACCUAGGGUAUUACGGCAAUGGAUGGGUCUCAUGAUCUCUGCAAUACUUGCCGGGCAGUCAACAUUGCCGAGUAUUUCUCUCACAAUGACCCUGUCACCACGUCCAUGGGACAUUUCCAGGAUAUCCUGAAGAACGAGAAUUGCACGCUAUGCAAACUCAUUGUCAAAGCACUGAGUGUCCACGCAAAGAGCUAUUGGCAGCCGGGAAAGUACCCCAUCGAGACGUGCUAUCUCGGUAGGUUCAGCGGCAAUUCGACCCCACGAAGAGUCGAGGUAUGGUUCCACGCAACGUCCAAGACUCUUCCAGACGGAAUUUGGGGACACUCCACCGUUCUCGGCCGGAUCAAAUGCCUUGACAGUCUCGAGCCACCGCUCCUUGAACGACUCAACUACUCCCUAAUUAGGAGCUGGAUGGAUGAUUGUGCAACUCGUUAUGGUCCAAAGUGCAAUCCGCCCGGCUCUGACGAAUCUUUACCUCUACUGCUCCUCGAUGUCAAGCGAAUGCGGCUCUUCAAAAGCGACCGCAACUUUCAGCAGCUCCAACAAGAUGGUGCAUUUUUACGAGUCCGUGACCAGUUGCCUCAACUGAUAAAUGACGCCAUUACUUUUGUGGCGGAUCUUGGAGAGACCUAUCUGUGGGUUGAUGCAUUGUGCAUUGUGCAAGACGACCUUGCCUUGGAAAGGGAACACCCAGCCGACAGCAAUGGAAGCUAUUUUAAUUAACGUCGUCUCCCUUACGAUCCAUCAUGCUAGAUCUGUGGAUUCCGUGGAAGCUAUUUACGUUCCCUAUCGUUCUCUUUGCAUCCUUUGUAG